AAAAUGGCAGGUGCCGAAAAAUCUCAGAAUUUGGUUCCAAAUCCCUCGGGAGACGAAAAGGAUUUUAUAGAAUGGACGGCGAUUUCACUGACGCAUGUGGAAUAUCCCAAAGGAGAUAUUGUGGGUAAAGUUCUAGCAAUGUUAAGUUUAGUACCAGUUAGUUUGUUAGUUAGUUUUUUCACUUUAAUCAUCUUUAGAAGAGAACUUCAUACAAUGUGUUAUUUAUUAGGUAUUUUAAUAAAUGAAAUCAUUAAUUGGGUAUUAAAACAUUUAAUACGAGAAAUUCGCCCUAUUAGAGAUAGAGCUGUAUUAUUCUCUGAGUUUGGGAUGCCGUCAAGUCAUUCUCAAUUCAUGUGGUUUUUCUCCAUUUAUUUAACAUUUUUCCUCUUUGUCCGUGUAUAUAAAAAUUGUAAUUGGUAUGAUGACUUGUGGAAGUAUGUUAUAAGUUUAUCAGGGUUUUUAUCUGCUAUAUUAGUUUCAUACAGUAGGGUUUAUUUAGGAUAUCAUACAGUAUCCCAAAUUACGUGGGGUGGCAUUAUUGGCCUGACCCUAGGAACAGUCUGGUUUCUAGUUGUACAGUUUUUAUUAACUCCUUUAUUUCCAUUUAUAGCAUCCAGUCCUAUUGGAGAAUUUUUUAUGGUGCGAGAUUCCACUUUGAUACCCCAUGUUUUAUGGUUUGAAUAUACGUCUUCUCGUAGUGAAGCCAGGAGCAGACAAAGAAAAGUUACUUCAAGAAAAUCUCAAUAAAAAAACAGACAGUGUAAAUUGUUAGAGAAUGUGUUCAUUGGUGUUAGUUAUUAUAGUAUGAUGUGGUACUCAAUUAUUCCAGUGGGCAAUUUGUUUUGGGAAUGGGCAAGGAAU